AUGACAGAGGCUGCCUCAAUGGGGAACAGAACCAGAACCAAAUUGGCUGCCAACACGUAGACUGAAUUCACACUUUUCUUCCUUCAUUCAAAAGUAGAGAGUCUUUCCGAUUUCCGGGCGAACUGUCGUCAGAGCCGGCCCCAGGUAAGCCCACAGGACCUUUGGACUUGGGAAACCCUCCGUCAUGGGGCAACGAAAAAAAAAAAAAUGUAAUCCCAAGUCACUCACCCAAGGUGACCUUGUUAUCCAGGCCGGCACUGACUGUCAUCUCUUCUCCUCCAGCUGAGAUCGCCGGGAAAAUGGCGUCCACGUCUCUGAUUCUCCACCCCACCCGUACUUCUCCGCUGCCGUCGACGCAACGCCCGUGCUUCUGUUCCCGCCACAACGCCUCCGCACUACCGACGAUCACUUCAAAACCCCAACCUUUUCCGUUGCGUACCAAAGAUCAAGCCAUCACACCAUCGCCUCUCGUUUUCCACCAAAACCCCAACUCGAUUCGAUCCGUCACGGUCCGAUCGCAGCUGAGUUUCCCUCUCGUUUCUCCCACCGAUCAAUGGGGCAACUGGACCGCUCUCUUUGCCAUUGGCGCCUUUGGUAUCUGGUCGGAGAAGACAAAGAUUGGGAGCACACUUAGUGGCGCAUUAGUGAGCACUUUGGUGGGACUAGCAGCGAGUAAUUUGGGGAUUUUGUCGAGUCAAGCGCCGGCAUACGCUAUCGUGUUGGAGUUUCUGCUCCCCAUGGCCGUUCCCUUGCUGUUGUUUCGAGCCGACUUGCGCCGAGUCAUUCAGUCCACGGGGACUCUGCUCUUGGCUUUCCUGCUUGGAUCAAUUGCGACAACUAUUGGAACUGUCGUUGCUUACUUCCUGGUGCCAAUGCGUUCCCUUGGUCAAGAUAGUUGGAAGAUAGCGGCAGCGCUCAUGGGUAGACACAUUGGUGGAGCUGUCAAUUAUGUCGCCGUUGCUGGAGCACUUGGCGUCUCUCCUUCAGUUUUAGCUGCAGGACUAGCUGCAGAUAAUGUUAUUUGUGCAGUCUAUUUUACCACAUUGUUUGCACUGGCUUCCAAAAUACCUCCGGAGCCUUCAACAUCAACGAAGGAUGAUGGAUCAAACAUGGAGCUUGAAACUAGCAACAAGCUUCCUGUGCUGCAGACUGCUACGGCCAUUGCUGUAGCCUUUAUUAUCUGCAAGCUUGGCACUUCAUUCACGAAAUAUCUUGGGAUUCAAGGAGGAAGCCUUCCGGCCAUUACAGCAAUUGUUGUUGUUCUGGCAACUGCAUUUCCAUCACAAUUUGGUCACCUUGCUCCUUCUGGUGAAGCUAUGGCUCUUAUUCUGAUGCAGGUAUUUUUCACUGUGGUGGGUGCGAGUGGGAACAUAUGGAAUGUCAUCUACACUGCCCCUAGUAUAUUCACAUUUGCUCUUGUUCAGAUCGCGGUUCAUCUUGCUGUGAUCCUCGGAUUGGGAAAACUGUUCUGCUUUGACCUGAAGUUGUUGCUUUUGGCAUCGAAUGCCAAUGUUGGAGGCCCUACAACGGCUUGUGGAAUGGCCACGGCCAAAGGAUGGACUUCUUUAGUCGUUCCGGGUAUUCUUGCUGGCAUCUUCGGCAUUGCUAUUGCUACUUUUCUGGGCAUUGGUUUUGGGGUGACAGUUCUCAAGACAAUGUAAAUUUAAUUCUGAAUACCAGAACCGGGCUAAUCUGUGAAUUGGGAAAUUAUUUUUUGCCAUUAUUGAACGAAUGUUUCCAAAAUGGAAAGAAUAGGAUCAUCCAAUUUUAUCGUUUCU